UAAAUUUCAAAACUCAUUUUUACCUAAUCAAAUCCUAAUGCCUAUUUAUCCGUCUUCAUUGUGGCCCUAACCUUCUUAGGUAAGAAAACUACCACCAUCAGCGAUGAAUUCUUUUUUCGUUCUUAAACUUCAUGUGAAAUCAAACAUCUUUGUGUAUACGAAUGUAGGUGGUUUGAAGAUUAUAGAUUGGACCAACUCGGACUUGGAGAACGAUAUAUACAUGCUAGUUACUUAUUUGGUGUUACUAUUAUCCCCGAGCCUGAAUUAUCUGAUGCUCGUCUCAUGAACGCGAAAUACGCCAUGCUCCUGACUAUUGUCGAUGAUCAUUUCGAGAGUUUUGCAUCUAAAGAUGAAUGUCUCAACAUCAUUGAAUUAGUAGAAAGGUGGGAUGACUAUGCAAGUGUAGGUUAUAAAUCUGAGAAGGUUAAAAUUUUCUUUUCAACUUUUUACAAAUCAAUAGAGGAGCUUGCAACAAUUGCUGAAAUUAAACAAGGACGAUCUGUCAAAAAUCACCUUAUUAAUUUGUGGCUUGAAAUGAUGAAGUUGAUGUUGAUGGAACAAGUAGAGUGGUGUUCUGGCAAGACAAUACCAAGCAUAGAAGAGUAUUUGUAUGUUACUUCUAUAACAUUUUGUGCAAAAUUGAUUCCUCUCACAACACAAUAUUUUCUUGGAAUAAAAAUAUCCAAAGAUCUUUUAGAAAGUGAUGAAAUAUGUGGCCUAUGGAAUUGUAGCGGUAGAGUGAUGCGAAUCCUUAAUGAUUUACAAGAUUCCAAGGAUGGUGGGGAUGAUGGUUAGAAGUGGAGUAAAGACAACGAGAUUGUUGGAGGAUAGAAAAGAGACAAUUAAUGAAGGGAAAAGGGUCUGAUAUACCUUUCAACUUUGCCAUUUGGAGCUGAUAUAUCCCUCGUUAUGAAAGUGGCUUAUAUAUGCCCUUACCGUUAUACAAACGGCUCACAUAUACCCCUGUCGUUACAAAAUGGCUCAUAUAUACCAUUCAUUUAACGAAGUUAAGAAAAUUAGUUGUAAAUUUAUAUUUAUUACUUUUAUUUUUAAAAAAAAUUUAUUUAGGGGUAUAUAUGAUUCUUCUAUCAAAGUUC